AAUGGCAAAUGGCCAAAAUAUUCUGUAGAUCCAGAUAAAAAUAGGCGUUGUUAUUCAUGUGAAGAAACAAUUAAGAAAGCUCUCCAUCAUAUUAUGCACUCAAGAGUUGCAAUCAUUAACGCAGCUCCUGUCACAUCAGAGGUUUUAUUGAUUACAAAAGCUGUUCAACUUCUUUCAGAGCCUCUUAAGCAGAGACGUAGUGCUGCUCCUACAAUUAUUAUAACAAAAAGCUCCCAGACACUUGACAAGAUAUUAGUAGAACUUCUUCCCAAAUUUCCGAAUUUAAUUCGUGUUGGUUCAUCUAAGCAAUGUAAAAAUCGUUCACUUGCUGGACGGCAGAUAAAUAAUCUUGAUAAUGAAAUCAAUAUUUCAUAUAAUCAACAAAUAGAUCAUCUCAAAGAUACAAGAAUCGAUCUAUUGAUAAAAUCAAAAGAACGGUUUACUUUCAUGUCAGAUGAUUACUUUCUUAAAUCAGCUCCAAAAAAAUUCCGUAUGCAAUUGUCCAUCCUUAAUGGAAAAAAACCUAAUUAUGAACCUAGAGAUAAUGAAUUGCUGAAAGCUUUAUGUAUUUGGCUGUCUGGUGAUCCUCCACCAAAAUCGGGGCUUAAACGAUCUAAAGAAUUAUCUGGAUUUUCAUUUGAAGAAUUUACUAUACCUAGACCCUUUAAAUUCUCUUUAGAAAAAAAAUCUAUAAAGGAAAUUUUAUCUGCAAAUAUUGAGAAUCCUUUUGAUGAUUCUUCUGCUCAUAUUUAUUCGAAAUUUUCUUUACCCUUAAUGUUUUCAUUAAUCGAAGAGCUGGAAACGACUUUGUCAUUCGAUGAAGAUUCAAAUGACCCCGAUAACAUUUACUCCUCAAAUAUUAAAGAAUUACAAUUUGUUAACAAAUUAAUUGAUCGCCUACCACAAGAUCAGAAACAUUUGUUUAAUAAAAAAAAUCGAUUCCCAAAUGAUUUAGAAAAUGACAUUAAUCAGUUUUGGUAUCAUGUGACUGAAGAUAUUUGGAGCAUACCAACAAAUGAACGUAAACGAUAUCGACAUAUGUUUAAUCGAAUCAUAUCAAACUACUACGAUCCGAUUAUAUCCAAAACUUAUACUCAUGCAAUCAAAUCAUCAAACAGUAAAAUGGAUGAGAUUCGAUUGCAGAAAUUAUCCAAGUUUAUGAAAGACGCCCCAGUUAUAGGUUUUUCUUUGAAGAACGCCAAAUGUCUCAAAAAAUUAUUUCAUGAUUCUUCUUCACCAGCAUCAGCUCCCGUUUUUAUUGUGGAUGAAGCCUCGGAAAUACCUGAAAAUGAAAUUUCUUGUAUCAUUCAUGAAGAUCUUGAACAUUUAAUUAUGAUAGGUGAUAUUAAUAGAAGUUGUGGUAAUUCUUUGUUUGAGCGAUGGAUUUUAAAUGGUGGCAAACAUUAUAGAAUUUCGGAACAAAGUCGUGUACAUCCACAGAUAAACUACCUUUUGAGUGCAUUUUAUAAGCGAAUUGCUGAUGAUUUAGUAUUUUUAAAAAACAAUUUAUCAAUCCUUGGUACUACGUCUAAUGUUUAUUUCUUUAAUCAUCAGAACUAUGACCAAAAUUCUGAUGAUGUCAGAAAUACUAUUGAAGCGGAAUUUGUUGUGAAGUUUGCUUUCUACCUUUAUCAGCAAGCAACUGAUUUUGACCCUGGAAAUAUAACUAUUCUCACUCCAUUUAUUGCUCAAAAAGAGUUAAUCAAAAGUUUAUUGGCUCCUGAACUCACUAAGGAGAAAACCGUAAAAAUUCGAGAAAUUGUAACUAAGGAAAUUGGAAUACAUAAUGAUGAUACUGAAUUAACUCAAAAAAUAAUUAUUACUGAAAAAAGAUUAGGACGUAUAAAUGUUCAAUUGAUCAAUGACUAUCGUUAUGAGGAAAAUCAGAUUGUCAUUCUUUCUCUUGUUGCUGUUCCACAACGAUUGCAAAAAGAAGCAUUAGCAACAUUGAGUUCAAAAGAUCUUGUAUAUACAGCUUUGUCUAGGGCAAAUAGGGGUCUAUACAUUUUUGGUGACGGUGAUGUAUUAAAAAAAAAUAUUCCAAUAUGGGAUGCUAUUAUUGAAAAAACAAUGGAUGAAAAUAUUUAUGGAACAGAACUGAUACUUAGAUGUCAAAAUCACGGUAUUCAAACGAAAAUUAGCCAUCCUAAUCAUUUCAAACAAUAUACUCCUCUUGGUGGCUGUAUGAUGCCCUGCAAAAAGAUGCUAUUAUGUGAUCAUCAAUGUCCACGAACAUGUCAUCCAAUUCCACAUUCUCAAGAACAGGAUC